AUGUCCUCACCAUCAUCAUCGUGGAAAAAUUUUCACUCUCAUAAUUUCGAUUCGGAUGAGAAAUGGAAAUCCUAUCUCGAUAAUUUAACCUUUCCCGAAAAUUUAAAUGAUCAUAAAAAGAAUGAACUUGUAUUCAAAUACAAGAAAAAGUAUUACUCUCAACACGUUGAAAAAUUGGUUGAAUUCCAACUUCCGUACACUCAAGUAGAGGUUUCACCUCAUGCCAAACACGAUUCCACAAUCAUCUUUUUACAUGGAUUGGGCGAUCAAGGUUCCGGAUGGCUCGACGUUUUUCAGAAAAUUAAAAAAACAUAUCCCGAACUGGCGUCAUGUAAAUUUAUAUUACCCAAUGCUUCAGCCAUGAGUGUUUCUCUCAAUAUGGGUUAUGUCAUGCCAGCAUGGUAUGAUUUAAUGUCUCUCUCGAUGGACGGACCUGAAGAUAUUGCAGGUAUGGAGAAGUGUUUUGCGAAUGUGGAUAUAUUGAUCGAGAGAGAAGUUCAGGAAUUUGGAUUGGAUCCAUCACGUAUUAUCAUUGGAGGCUUCUCUCAAGGAGGUUCUGUGGCAUUGUAUCAUGGACUUACAAACAAGUACAAACUUGGAGGUGUUAUUGCAUUGUCCACAUGGAUGCCCAAUAGAAAGAAAAUUUUGACCUUUGUUGGCAAGGAUUUGCCGAACAAAACAACACCCAUUUUCCAAGCACAUGGCACUUCUGAUAACGUUGUGAAAUAUGAGUGGGGCGCCAGCAGUAAAAAGUUUGUGGUCGAGUCCUUGUUGGAGGGUAAUGAGAGUCAUUAUACAUUCAAGACGUAUACUGGAAUGGGACAUAGCUCGAGUUUGCAAGAAAUUAAAGAUCUUGCAGAAUGGCUGAUAUCUGUUUUUGGAUCCAAGUAA